CAGCCAUGGAAGAGUUAAUAGUUGAGCUGCGCCUGUUUCUUGAACUUCUGGACCAUGAAUAUCUAACUUCCACUGUCAGGGAGAAGAAGGCAGUAAUAACUAACAUUCUCCUGAGGAUACAGUCAUCAAAAGGUUUAGAAAUAAAAGAACAUGUCCAGAAACAAGAAGUUGCCAACAGUUUGCCGGCGCCUCCUCAAAUGCCUCUGCCAGAAAUACCUCAGCAGUGGCUGCCACCAGAUAAUGGGCCUCCACCACUGCCAACAUCCUCGCUUCCUGAAGGCUAUUACGAAGAGGCAGUGCCACUUAGUCCUGGGAAGGCUCCUGAGUACAUCACUUCCAAUUAUGACUCAGAUGCCAUGAGCAGCUCUUAUGAAUCCUAUGAUGAAGAAGAGGAGGAUGGAAAGGGGAAGAAAAUGAGACAUCAGUGGCCUUCUGAGGAAGCCUCUAUGGAUCUGGUGAAGGAUGCCAAAAUCUGUGCCUUCCUUCUUAGAAAAAAACGAUUUGGGCAAUGGACCAAACUACUGUGUGUUAUCAAAGAAAACAAACUACUGUGUUACAAAAGCUCCAAGGACCAGCAGCCCCAGAUGGAGCUGUUCCUGAAUGACUGCAGUAUCACCUAUAUUCCCAAAGACAGCAAAAAGAAGAAGCAUGAGCUGAAAAUCUCUCACCAAGGAGCAGAUGCCCUGGUUCUGGCAGUGCAGAGCAAAGAGCAGGCAGAACAGUGGCUAAAGGUUAUCAAAGAUGUGUGCAGCAACUGCACAGGAGCUGUGGACUCUGAUGGGCCGUUAUCUAGUUCUCCAGUACACAAAGUGGAGCUGGAAAAGAAGCUGUCGUUUGAGAGGCCAAGCUCAGAUGGGGAAGGUGUUGUGGAAAAUGGCAUCACUGCUGUGUGCAAUGGUAAAGAACAAGUGAAGAGGAAAAAAAGUUCGAAAACGGAAGCCAAGGGCCCUGUGACUAAAGUAACAGGGAAAAAAAUAACAAAGAUCAUUGGUUUAGGAAAGAAAAAGCCAUCAACAGAUGAACAGACCUCAUCAGCUGAAGAAGAUGUUCCAACAUGUGGAUAUCUCAACGUGCUCUCUAAUAACCGCUGGCGCGAGCGCUGGUGCAGAGUGAAGGACAAUAAACUCAUUUUCCACAAGGACAGGACAGAUCUGAAGACACACAUUGUUUCUAUCCCACUCCGUGGCUGUGAAGUCAUCCUGGGGCUGGAUUCGAAGCAUCCCCUGACCUUCCGCCUGCUCCGGAACGGGCAGGAGGUCGCUGUGCUCGAGGCCUCCUCCUCAGAAGACAUGGGCAGAUGGAUUGGAAUUUUGCUGGCAGAAACGGGGUCUUCAACAGACCCUGGAGCUCUGCACUACGACUACAUCGACGUGGAAAUGACGGCGAGCGUCAUCCAGGCUGCGAAGCAGACCUUCUGUUUCAUGAACAGGCGGGUUAUAUCUACAAAUCCGUACCGGGGCAGCGCUGCCAACGGCUACGCCUGUCCGAGUGGAAUGGCACUUCAUUACGAUGAUGUUCCCUGCAUCAACGGAUCGUUUAAAGGCAAGAAGCCUCCUGUGACUAGUAAUGGCGUCACCGGAAAAGCGAGAACUUUAAAUAGCCAGCCGAAGAAAUCUGAGGCGGUUUCCUGUGUGAAGCGCACUGCAUCCAAUGCAGAGCAGUACAAAUAUGGCAAGAAUCGUGUGGAGGCAGAUGCAAAGAGAUUACAAAGCAAAGAGGAGGAGCUCCUGAAGAAAAAAGAAGCCCUCCGGAACAGGCUGGCCCAGCUCCGGAAAGAAAGAAAAGAUCUGCGUGCUGCCAUCGAAGUCAAUGCUGGCAGGAAGACCCAAGUGAUUCUUGAGGACAAGUUAAAGAAGCUGGAAGAGGAGUGUAAGCAGAAGGAGGCUGAGCGUGUCAAUCUGGAGCUGGAACUGACUGAGGUGAAGGAGAGCCUUAAGAAAGCCUUGGCUGGUGGCAUCACACUGGGCUUGGCUAUUGAGCCCAAAUCAGGAACAUCAAGCCCACAGUCUCCAAUUUUCAAGCACCGAACUUUGGAAAACUCUCCGAUCUCCAGCUGUGAUACCAGUGACACUGAGUGCUCCAUCCCUGUGAACAGUGCAGCAGCUCUGAAGCGACCUCCCUCAUCAAACAAUUCUCCAUGUCGAGGCCAUGUCCUUCGAAAAGCAAAGGAAUGGGAGAUGAAAAAUGGAACAUAAACAUAACAAAGCCACUCACUUUCCAUAAAGGCCUUACCUACUACAGACCAAGACGUAGGCUGCAAAGGACUCACCUGAAGGUCACAUCAAGUGAUAAAACAUAAGAAGUUUUGUAACUCUGUUAAGUUAAUGGUAGCUUGGCUCUAAUUUGCCUGUAUUCCCUCUACUGUAUUGCUGUGUAACUACGUGUGCCCCUUUUUAUUAGCUGUAACUCCUUGUUUCCAACUUCACCGGUAGAGAAAAUGAAAACCAAAAAAAAACCCCAGCCAUAGGAACUAAAAAGGAGCAUAAAGUCACAGUUGAAAAUUUACUUUGCUGAACCAGCGAAGAACCAGCAAUGUUAAUUACAGUGCAUCAGACGGCUGGAACACUGCUGAAGAUGGUGUGAAAUCCUGACUCCUGCAGGUUAAAACUGCCUUUGGAACUCUGCCACGGGGCAGGUCUAACUCACCAGCAGAGGCUUUGCUGGUGGCUGCUCACGUGGCCAGACAAAGGUGAGGAGAUGUGGUGGCAGAAGCAGCAGUGCCUGCUCAGCUCUGCAGGGCCACCGCCCUCCGUGGCAUGACAGCCACUCCUUGGUGCAGCGUUCUUUGGACACUUUCUAGACAGAUGCUUUUGUCAUUGGGAGAUAAAAAGCUGCCAAACUUCGAGACAGAUGCGUUUUUGUACGUUCUCCUUAUUGCUGUUCUGAAGCACCGGUCAUUUUCAAAGGUCAUGUUCUUGAGCUAUGACUUGUUCCUGAUUUUUUUAAAAGGCAAACAGGUAUUUUUAGAUACUGCUUCUUUUCUAUACAUUUUAAAGAAGAAAAAGAAAACAAUUGAACUUAGUCCUCAACAGAAAAUGGCAACUCAGAAUAACUUAUGCAGUCAGUCUUGUUUUGUUUUUUAUAAUAUAGUAUUGUUAAACUUGAGGUAUAGAACACUGCUGUACUUAGUUUCCUUUGUCUGUUUUCAGAACUCAGCUAUUAUUUUUGAGGAAGAUGGACUGAAAAGGUAAUAAUUUUCAGACUCUUUUAUUAACAGUUUAACAAAUAAUUGGGGAUUUUCUCAAACAGGAGUCCAUUUCUGAUUACUAGGAAACAGCAUCUUGCAUUUUAGUCUGUAAAAUUACAAAAAUCUGUUUUUCUUUGUCUCUAUCCAUGUCAUUCCUGGGAAAUUACAUGCAGUAAAUUGCCACUGAAGCCCUUCAAAAUCUCAAGAUUGGUUUUAAAAAAUCAGAAGGGGGUUAGGGGGAGAAUGUAUAAGAUGGCUUAUUUUAAGUUUUUCUCUUCUGUUUUUUUUAGGCCUUUGGAGAGCUUUCAAACAUACUCUCAAUAUUUUUUUCCUCCUCAACUGCGAGGAAUAGAAAAUUAAUUUUAAAAAUUAUCUCAAAAUAUAAGUAGUAUUUUAAUCACAGAUGUUAGGGUUGGAGUCUUGAUAAUUAGGUAAGACUGCAGUUAAAAUCACAGAAGUUGGCACGACAGCAGUUAUCAAGGAUCCUGCCCCUUUAUGGCCAAGCCUGCAGAUUAUCUCUUACCUUUAGGAAUGGGUGCAACUCCUGGAGGGAUUCUCACUGGGAUUCUCAGCUGAGCUGGAUGGCAGAGGACUUCCUGCAGGAGCUUGUGGGAUUUGAAGGCAAAGAUCUGUCAGAAAGACCUAACAGCUGGCAGGAGAUGGGGCUGUGUCCCGUUCCCAGAGGCAUUUCGGGCCAGGGACCCCGCUGACCUGAGCAGUGUAGGAAUGGGGCCCAGCAGGAGAAAAGGCUCUUUGCUUCUUGUGGCUGUACGUGGUACAAAGGGCCACAGGAAUGCAGAUACAGUAGGAAAGCAAGUGUCAGUGUGGUUUUCAUUGAAAAGACAAUUUUUUAAUAUUGGUUUAGGUCACUUACUAACUCUCUAACUUGGGGGCACAUUCUGUACUGUGUGAUUAUGGACUAAACAGCGUCAAAUACCCAUAAAUAAUAGCAGAAACAAAUUUGAGGCAAAAGUAAGUUCAUUUAGGCUUUUUAUUUCAAAUUAAGUUAUUUAUUUGUAUAUUUCAAUAAAUAUUUAAUUUAUAUCUGUACAUAUUUAUAAUGCAAAUUAGGCUUCUAGUCAACGUUAGCAGUGAUGUAACAGUUGUCAUUAAGAAGUGGUCCCGCAUCAAGGAAUGCAGAGUAGUCAAAAGCCAGAUCACUUGUCUUGUUUACCCAAUAUUGGCAUUGUCUCUUUCCACCCCCUUAUCCCAUGGUAAAAAAAAAAAAAAAAAAAAAAAAAAAAAAAAAAAGAAAAAAAGAAAAAUUCCUUGGUAAGGACAGGUUUUAAUCUGAGCCUGAGGUGGAUGUGUGUCAGUCUCUGCUCAGGCAAAUGGAAAUUGUGUGCUGCAGCCUUCCUUUAGUGCCUGCUGCACAGGGGCUGCCCCCUAAAUUAAACAUCUUUCACUCUUCCUCCAGCAAAGGCUCCACAAAGCCACCACCACUUUAGUCUAUUCUGUGUAACAGCCAAGGUUCUGAAAGGAGGAAAACCAAAAAGCUUGGGAAAUAACCUCUCUAUAGACCACUCUCAGUGCUGUGAAAUGUACUCUGUUGCCUUGAAUAGCAUUAUUGCUGCACAAUUUUUUAUAAAGAGCAACAGAACUUGUAUUUUUCACCAUCUUUAGAUUCCAGGAUCACCAGGCAAACUCAGCCAUAGAACAGCAUGACUUUUGUUUUAAAAGAAAACUCUUGUAUUUUGAACCAUUUCUAUGUCUUCUAAGAAAAUGUAACACUUAUGCUUCCUCACCAAAUGCCUGUUACUGUACCAGGUGCUUUUUUAAAAUUGUUUGUUUUGUUUGGUUUUUUUCAAUGGUUGAUGCUUUUUUUAUAAAAAACCCAGACUGUAACUUUGGGGGAUAAAGGGCGUUUUUUUAAUGAGAUGAUUGUGGCAAUUUGAUUUUUCAAAUGGAGAAUAUUAAUUUAGUAUCAAGUUUUGUUAGACACUUUCAAAUUAAUUGGCCAUGGGUGUAUGUUGUAUGAUAAUGUUCUCAUAUUAAGAAUGUAAUUAUUUCCUUAUUGUAUUUUUUAAAAAACAAAAUCAUAUUUAAAAAAAUCUCUGUGAAAAAAGCAUGAUAGAAACAUGAAAAAAAAGGUUUUGUUUUAUUUUUGUUAUUGGAUAUGUUGGCAGUGCCCAUUAUAACUGACUGUAAAUAUAGCCUUUCUACUGUAUUUCUCAGUGUAUUUAAGUUCUUUUUGACACACAUUCAUGGACACUUCUGUUAAUAAAAAAAAAAAAAAAAACAACAAAUGUCCAAAAUAAACCCACCUUCAAAUGUGUGUCUCAGUAGCUUCAACUAACUUUAUGCCUUUCUAGUUUAUUCUUCAGAAAGUCUUGCAAAGUGUGAAAACAGACUGGCACCUGGUAGGUGCGACAGAUCCCAGACCAUUAUUAAUAAAGUUACCU